AUGACCCCCAGUAUCUUCUUCACCGGUGCAAGCGGAUAUGUGGGCGGAGACGCACUCUAUGCCCUCCUAGCCGCUCAUCCAGACUGGGAAGAACAUACAACUUGUCUCCUCCGCGACCCUACGCAAGAAGCCGCAUUCAGACAGAAGUGGCCCAACUUGAACUUCUUCUAUUCUUCACUAGACAACGAGAAAGCUAUUGAAGAGGAAGUGAAGAAUCAUAAUCUCGUACUCCAUUUCGCUGUCAGUAGCGACCAUGUUGCUUCCUGCGACGCCAUAUUGAAGGGCCUCUCGGUGAAUGGGGGCCACUAUAUCCAUACCAGUGGUAUGGAUGUCCUCCUCAACCCUACCCUCCAAACGGGACGCCCUAGCCCAGUGGAGAUCUUCGAUGACUUGAAUGGUAUAGAGAAACUGAGAUCACUUCCAGAGGGAUCACCCCAUAGGAAAGUGGAGAAACGUGUUCUUUCAGCAGGGAAUGAUCGCGUUAAGACGGCCAUAGUGUGUCCUUCUUCCGUUCAUGGGUUUGGAAGAGGCCCGGUAUCUCAGAGAUCAGACCAGAUUCCCAAGCUGACGCAACUGAUAUUACGCGCAGGGCAUGGCUUGCAGUUAGGAGAUGGAAAAGCGUUCUGGAGUUACGUCCAUGUUUACGAUCUCUCUCGCCUCUAUGUGCAGCUGGUGGAUGAAGCCGUGUCAAACGGGUCAAAGGCUACCUGGAACGAGUUGGGUUAUUACCUUGCAGAGAACGGCGAGUUUUCUUGGGGUGAGGUAUGUGUCGCGAUCACUAAAGAGGCAUACAAACAGAAGGCACUCGCGUCAGAGAACAUUGCCACCGUCCCCAUGGAGGAAAGAGAUCGAUUUGUGGAACUGGCUCGCCCUAUAAUAAACUACUCGGCCAGGAGUAGAGCGAUAAGAGCGAAAGAACUGUUAGGUUGGGAGCCGAAGGAAACGCCUCUUAUGGACGAAAUUCCCAGCUUGGUCAGAACGGAGAUCGAAAAUACUAGGAAGAAUGCUUGA